AUGACCACUCAGCGCCUUACAAUCGUUAUCAAACUCGGAACAAGUUCCAUAGUCGAUGAAAAUACCCAUGAGCCUAUUCUCUCAAUCUUAACGUUGAUUGUUGAGACGGCUGCCAAACUACACAGAGAUGGGCACAAUGUAGUCCUUGUGUCGUCCGGUGCCGUUGGUGUAGGAUUGCAAAGAAUGGAUGUGAAAGAGAGACCCACGUAUCUCCCCCGCGUACAGGCAUUAGCAGCUGUUGGACAAUGCAGACUGAUGAGCCUCUGGGACGGUCUGUUUUCGCAUCUCCGACUUCCUGUAGCACAGAUCCUCCUGACCAGAAAUGACAUUGCCGAUAGGACGCAAUAUAUCAAUGCGCAAAAUACCUUUGCACAAUUGUUCGAUAUGGGAGUCAUUCCUAUCGUCAACGAGAACGAUACUUUGGCGGUUUCUGAAAUCAAAUUCGGUGAUAACGAUACUUUAUCUGCUAUUACGGCAGCGAUGGUGAAAGCGGACUACCUCUUUUUGAUGACGGAUGUGGAUUGUCUGUAUACUACCAAUCCGCGUCAUGACCCGGACGCGCAGCCUAUUGAAGUAGUCGCGGAUAUUUCUUCCCUCGAAGCCGAUGUCUCAUCAGCUGGCUCGUCGCUCGGAACUGGAGGAAUGAGCACAAAGAUCGUGGCUGCGAGGUUGGCAACCAGUGCUGGAGUAUCGACAAUCAUCACCAAGAGCUCCAAACCCGGCAAUGUCCUUGAGAUUGUGAAAUAUCUCCAGCAAACACAACGAAAUUUCACAGAUGGGUCUUCCACAACUCAAGCAGCUUCGACGGAGACACAAUCCCCUUUAUCAGCGCCUCCUUUACAUACCCGGUUUCUCCCUUCAGACAGUCCCAUUCAAUCUCGUUCAUUCUGGCUGCUGCAUGGCCUUAAGCCACACGGUAGCUUGUAUAUCGAUCAUGGGGCAUACAAUGCUCUCCUGAACAAAGCCAGUCUUCUUCCAGCAGGCGUGGUGGGUGUCGAAGGUCACUUUGGCCAACAGGAAGCCGUCCGAUUGAUGGUCGUCGAGCGAGUCUCUCCGGACUCUCUCAACGGAGAUUUCCUUCACCAUGGGCAGGAACCGCGAGAAGUUGGCCGUGCAUUGGUCAGCUAUGGCAGCGCUGAAAUCGCUCGCAUCAAAGGUCACAGAAGUACACACAUUCAAUCAUUGCUAGGGUACGCCGACAGUGAAUACGUCGCUCUUCGAGAGAAUAUCUCCUUCUUCCGGCCGGACGAUUCUCCGCGCCAAUAG